AAAAAAAAAAAAAAAAAAAUGACUCCACUGAUUGAUCAUUUCAAAUAAAUAUUGCAAGUUUUAAAACAUUUCAAAUUCAAACAACAACAAACGGAGUAAUGAACAAUAUAAUAAUAUUACGCAUAGAUUGAUAAAUCUCUUUGUCACAGAAGAAAUUGAAUUAUUAAUUCUGUUGAAAUUUACUAACAUACAGGCAGAUAGCUAAUUUGUACUUUUUCAACAAUGGGUGAUAAAUCAACUCCCCUUUUAGCAGUAUUGCAACUACUUCGUAAAUAUAAUCUUAAGGAUACAGAAGAAAUAUUAAGAAAAGAAGCUAGCUUAGGCAACGUCGAAUAUGAGAAUUUGGACUUACCUGAAGUUGAAAUCGCCAGUAUUCUUACAGCACAUCAUACUGAAAGUGAUCCGUACAGCUAUGAAGUUGCUUAUGACAGUUUGAGAAAGUUUGUAGAAAAUUCAUUGGAUAUUUACAAGCAUGAACUGUCCACUCUGUUAUAUCCAGUAUUUGUUCAUAUGUACUUACUUCUCAUACUUUAUGAUCAUAAUGAACAUGCUGCAGUGUUUUUGGAAAAGUUUGCUCCGGAACAAGAAAAUUAUUAUCAAGAAGACCUGAAAAAGCUAGCCAUUGUUAAACACAAGGAUCAAAUUAAAGGAAAUGAAAUUGCUGAAAUAUACAGUACAAACAAAUUCAUUGUGCAAAUGUCUCGGGAUGCAUCAUCACAAUUGAAGAGAUAUUUACAUGAACAAAAGAAUUCAACAGUGAUUAUCAACAUUAUCAACAAUCACAUCCAGAUAGAUGUACACGAUGGGCCUGGCCGCACUUUAGCUCAAGUACGGGCAACAGCAGGAGGUCUCCUAGGUGAAGCUACAAAAAAUGAAAAUCGCAUCAAGGUAUAUUAUGGUCUCCUAAAAGAACCUGACAUUCAAGUUCUCCCUGCACCUGUAGAAGAUGAAGAGGAAGUUGAAGAGACUCCUGACAAACCAAAGAAGAAAAAAGCUAAGAAAGAUAAUAUUUUUAUGAAAAAACCAAAAUCUGAUCCAAAUGCUCCUCCAAAUGACAGAAUUCCAUUUCCAGAACUAAAAGAAGCUGACAAAUUAGAAAAAGGGAAAGCUUUAAGAGAAGCAGCAAAAAGAGUUUCCCUUGGACCAGACACAUUACCUUCAAUCUGUUUUUACACAUUAUUAAAUAGCGGUCAUACAGCUAUAAGUGCUGACAUAUGUGAUGACUCGACUUUAUUGGCUGUUGGCUUCAAUAACUCCACCAUUAAGGUUUGGACUUUGACACCAGUAAGGUUACGUGGUAUGAAAUCAGCAGACAAAUUGCAAGACAUUGAUAGAGAGGCUGGUGACGUCUUAGUAAGGAUGAUGGAGGAAAAGGAUAGGGAUACAUGUCGCACACUAUUCGGACACUCGGGCCCUGUUUACAAAGUGUGUUUUGAUCCAUUCAAAACUUUUUUACUUUCCUGUUCAGAAGAUUCCACAGUGAGAUUGUGGUCUCUGCAAUGUUGGACAUGCCUGGUAGUGUACCGCGGGCACGUGUGGCCCGUAUGGGAUGUACGUUGGUCACCGCACGGACACUAUUUCGUGUCCAGUGGGCACGACCGCACCGCGCGCCUCUGGGCCACAGACCACCACCAGCCACUCAGAAUCUUCGCCGGCCACUUGUCCGACGUCGAUUGUGUGCAGUUCCAUCCCAAUUCAAAUUAUGUGGCCACUGGAUCUAGUGACAGGACAGUUCGCUUAUGGGAUUGCUCUACUGGAGCGCAAGUUAGGCUCAUGACUGGCCAUAAGUCGACGAUCUUCACGGUUGCGUUUUCGAUGUGUGGUCGAUGGCUGGCGUCCGGUGGCGCGAGCGGCGAGCUCAUGGUGUGGGACUUGUCCGUGGGCGCUGUGGCCGCCACGCUGCCGCCCUCACACACCGCGCCCAUACACGCGCUCGCCUUCAGCCGCGACGGAACCGUCCUGUGUUCAGGAUCACUGGAUUGCAAUAUUAAAUUAUGGGAUUUCACAGCUAUUACUGAUGAAGCAACUGGUGAAGAACCAGGAAGUAACAAUGGACCUAAAGAAGAUAAAUAUCUGUUGAGAUCAUUCCCAACAAAAAAUUCUCCUAUCAAAUGUCUACAUUUUACACGUCGCAAUUUACUACUAGCUGUAGGCACUUAUGAGGGAAGCUCAUAAGUGUUAUCUCUGCAGAUGCAAAGUCGGGAAUAUCGAUACUUGUAAUUUCAAUUAACGUAAAGCACAAAACCCAACUUAUCAAGAGAGCCAAAAUAAGUUUUUUUUAAAUUACAUAAAUUCAUUACGCUUUUGUUUUUAAAGUUAUAAAAAGGUGAUGUAGACAAAAUAGACUUAAAACCUUGAGAUGCAAGAGUAUUUAUAUGAACAUAGUAUGCAGGUGUAAAACUAAUACAAAAAAUAUAUAAUCUUAAAUGUAUUAUGAAUUAAAGAACUUUUAUUUGUUGUUUAGGUGGUGAAGCAUACAUAGCCUACAAGUCAUUUUAAAUAGCACGUGUUGUCAAGGGCUUCAAAUAGUGAACUUACAAGUAAAGAAUAGUCUAAAGAAUAAAUAGGCAUAUUUUUUGUUUAAGAUAUCUUAUACACACUAGAAUAGGCAAUCAUCAGCGUAGCACUAGGUUACUUUGGUGAUAUCGUCCAAUGGAGAAAGCCCUUAGACAAACUUGGACUGGGUGAAGUAAAUGGUAAAAGACGAAGAGGCCAUUCACCUGCCUCUUGGUUAGACUAAAUAAAGAUAUAACCGGAUUCGGUCUACCGACGGCCCUAAGACAAGCCAAAGAUAGUGGAAUGGAGAGACCAUGCCAACGUCUCGGUAAAGGCAUUUUAGGAAUGGUAUUACCUUCAGGAAUAAAGCUUUCAAUAAAGAAGUUAAUUAACAAAAUAAAUGAUUUCUUAAUCAAAUAUCUAAGUUGGUCAAUUGAUUCAGUAGGGAACUGAGGAGCCGUCAAUAUGUAAUAGACAACAAACAGAAUUUAUCUAAAUGAUGUUUUUCUGGCAGAGAAGUCGUCCUUCACCCAUAUUCUGCUUACCAGACAAAAAGAAUGUUAAUGAAGUAAUUUUUUAAAGAAAACAAAUUGCAAUUUUAUUGCCUAUGAAAAUUGUUCGACAUUUUUAAUAAUGUGUAAAAACAUUUUUUUAAACAAUUAAAAGUGUGGAAAAAAUACAAUUCAUAUAGUAUUCUAAAACUAUAGACGUAAAGCCUCCUGCGCCAAUUUUCUAACAAAACAUGUUCGUUACCAAAUCAAGUUUUAUGCAAUCGCUAUUAGCAAAACUGUUAGGCUAUGCCACUAAUUGGUUAGCAAACAAUGUUAUCGUGUUAGAAAACACGGCUCAGAAGACGCGGCUUACAGCCACUAAUCGGUUAGCAAACAAUAUUAUCGUGUUAGAAAACACAGUUUAGGAGACGCUGCCUACUUGCACCUAGCUCUGCAACAGUCUUAUCUACCUUUGUUUAAUGCUGCUAUACCGACAUUCAAUGUUUGUCGAAAUUUUUAACCUGUUAUUGAUUGAAAUAGAGUUCAAAUUGUUGUGAUUUUUCUUAAUAGGUUAGAGAAUAAAAUCAAUGUUGGUACCUAAGGAACAAAAUAAUGUUAUUUGUCUCGGGUAUAUGUUAGUAAGGUGGCGAUUUUAUUGACAUUAACACUUAAACAGGUAACACAAUACCUACUUUUAAAGAUAUUUAUGCCCACAAAAUUUAAGCAAGGUAAAGCACAUAAUUGAUUAAAUGUUUACAAAGUGAUUAAAAACUUUGACUUAAAUCACAUUUAGCUUUAUUUAUAGUAUAUGGUUAAUAUAUUUUUUAUAAAAACAAUAUAAAAUUAUGACGUUCCUUACAUUACAUUUUCAGUAUCCAAAACAAUCAGAAAAAAAAGAGAAAAACAAAUGAAGUAAGUUGGCAUUCGUAGCUCAUUUUGGUCAAAACAUGCUUUAUGUCAAUUGAAAUUACAGGUAUUAAGAUAUUUACUUAUCAACAAAAUAAUGCAUUAAGUUAAUGUGAACUCUUUUUCAAAAACUAUGAUUUUCUAAUAUAAUUAAUAUAAGUAAUAAAUGUCAUGAAGUAAAAGAAGUUUAUUUCAUAAUUUUACCCUUAUACAUGUUUAUAGUAUUUGAAGUAAAUAAGAUCUCUCUGAUGUUAUAAAUUGAAUAAUCAAGUUCAAAAUAGAUUCAUUGCUUCGAGAUACCUGAGCUUUCAUUGCUUGCUUGAAAUCUUCCUUGACUCCUUUGUCUGCUCCUCUAGUACCAAUUCUUCUUUGACCUAAAUGUUGUUGAGAAUUGGGUAAUAUAUCCAAUGCAAUAUUAUUGCCUUGUUCAUUCCAUAUAAAGCUAAGCUCUUCCAAAAUAUCAAUAUGUACAAUAUAUGCAGAAAACAAAUGAUAGUGAAAGACUCCUUUUUGUUUCAUAACAUCUAAUAUAUGAAUGAAAAUUGCUUCUUCUUGGGGCCAGCCUAGCUGCAUUAAAACUAACAUGUGACCAUAACUUAAAUCUGAAUUAUUACCUGUACUUAGUAAAAUUCUUAUUAAUAAAGUACAAAAAAAGUGCAUUAUCGAUAACUUUGUUAAUGGUAAAAAAUGUAAGUGUCUUGCUUUACCACCAGUGACCAGUUCUGUUUCUAAAGCUCCUUCUGUAUGUGGUAACUGUGGCAAUGCUAACAAUAUAUUUUCAACACAGGCAGCAUACUUUUUCUGAAAGUAAUUAAUAGAUGCUCUAAUAAUACAAGAUGAUAAGUUGUUUGAAGUUGCGGGAGGCAUUGCUUCUUCAUGUCGUCCUCUGUAUAAUGCUAAUUCAUCUACAAAUCCUUCAGACCAUGGUUUUGCAUGAAGUUGGUUUGCUAACUUGGCAAACUCUCGUGAUAUUACUUCAUUACUAUGUAAUAACUCCCAACAAUUUGCUGCUGCUUGAAAUUGCCGAGCUGAAACUCCAGUAACUUCUAUGUUAUCACCUUUUCUUCUUUUUGGUGGAGGCAAAUCAGGAUCAGACAGAGCUUCUAUCAAUAUAUGGUUUCCUCUCAAUGACUUCUGCUCAUAAUGAGAUCUCAAGAAAAAUGUUGUUCCACAAUAUAGAAGCUGACGACAAUCCUCACAAUUUCUUAAUGUUAACAAUUUUUGAAAGUAUGUUUCUUUGUUCAAGCUAUUAUUAUAAUUGACUAAGAAAGAGUCCCAACCAAGUUGCCUCCCCAACAAAUCCAACACACCAUAUAGUCUCUGCCAUGGGUCUGUAAUAUCAUGCUCAACUUCAUCAUAAAUGUAAGAGUUGUAAAAAUCCAUGGCUUUGAUCAAUAAUCUUUGGAGAAGUCGAGGUGAUUCAAGUGAACUCAACAAUGGUAAAGUAUCAACAACUAGCAAACGUGCAUAUCGAUUAUCAUAGAAAAAUUUAUCAGUAUUUAUCAGUGUUUUCACUAAGCUGUCUACCCCUAAUUGUGGGAAUUUCUUCAAUAAAAGUACCAAUAAACGACAGUGCUCCAUAGUAUCGUCACUAUUUUCGACACUGGUUUUUAAAAUUGUCAAUUGGAUUUCAGGGACAAUCUUAUCAAACAUUAGGCUUAAAAAACUGCUUUCCGGCGACCUUAGCGCAUUUGCUAUUGCUGAUAUUUCAGGUAUUAAUUCUGAAAGAUUUUGUCUCGACAUCAUUAGUGAGGUGAAACACUCUGCCGCUUCUUGAACGUUUCCUGACUGUUUCUCCAUCUGAUAGGCUUCAAACUGAAUUUUAAAGUUCGUGGGAAAAAGUGUCUUGGCUGUCAACAUCCAUGCCUUUGCAUAGUGUAAAUUUAUUUUUUGAGCUUCUUUAGCCCGCAUGAUAAUGUAAUUUUCAUCGCUCAGGGCAGCUUCGAUUCCGGGCAUUUUAAAAAUUGUAAAUACAAGGUUUGUAGGUUAAGUACCGUUCGGCAGAAGAAACACUAUUGACUAUUUUUUCAAUUCAAUUUGUUUAAAAUACAGUUACAUAUUCUUGAUCAUGCCAUACAAUCUAUACUAGAUUUCCGUCUGAAAUUUCCAUUUAAAAUACUCUUGUCUCUUUGGUCUUGAUAGAAAAAUACAAAGAAUAGGUAAUAUGAAAAAGAGAAGAAGAUUCAAUCUCAAU